AUGUUAUUCGUAAGUCACGUCAUUGUUUUCAUGUGCUUUGUUGCAUAUGCAACAUCACAAACUUAUACGACAGUAGGUUUGACCGAUUGUGGAUCAAAAAAUGUUCAAAUCAAUCGAUUAACAUUUUUGCCCAUGCCUAUUAUUCAACCUGGUCAAGGUACACUGUCAUUUGCUGCUUCAACUACUGAAUUUAUCAAAGGUGUUAUCAAAGCUGAUUUGAAAAUUGUACGCACAGUCAGUGGUAUUAAAUUACCAAUCAGUUGCUACAUUGUCGAAGGUGAAAAAGUUGGCUCAUGUUCAUACCCCGAUUUAUGUGGAUUGAUGAAACGUCUUGCCCCUAUGGAAAACGGAUGUCCAGCUAAUCUUCUUCAACAUAACAUCGAUUGCGAAUGUCCAGUAGAUAUCACCACAAAUAAUAUUGACAUUGAAAUUGACCUUACAAUUCCUAAAGCACCAGAAUUUGCCUCAUGGUUAAGUGUUGGUGACUUCGAUGUUGAAAUUAAAGCGACCGUUGGUAACAUCUAUGCUUGUUACAUGAUUAAAUUCGCUGUUAAACCAAAAGGAAAUAAUUAG